AAUAAUUCACGGUGCCUCGUAAAAAGUCGACAUUAAACCGCCCCGGGCCUACAAAUCACCGGCGCCAAAUUAUGAGUUCGCUUUACUUCGCCAACGCGCUGUUUUCCAAAUACCAACAAGCUGCGGCGAACUGCUCCGCUUUGCUCUUCACAGACUCUCCAACUUCUCACUCCCCGUCUUCCUCGGCUUCUCCUGCCGUGUCUUCUUCUUGCGCCCUCGUGUCCAGCGGAUACCACCAUCAUGUCUCCAGUGGGAGAGGCGUCGGAGCGCUGCCUUUCCCUCCCUCCUCUACUUCUUCUCCUUCCUCCUCCUCCUUUUCCUCCUCCUCUUCUUCCUCAUCGUUCAGUUUGUCUCUUUCGGGACUGAACGGGAGCAGCGGGGACACUCAGCCCGGCGCGCAUCAUUUCAACCCCGCAGAAGUAUGCACAGGAGGGGCUUAUAGCGUGCCUGGAGCUGGGCCGCUGUGCUCCUCUCUGCAGGGAUGCGCCGCGGAGCGGUACCCCGGCCGGUCUCAGCUCUGCUCGCUGACUGGCUCGCUGGCUGCCAGGGUCCCAGAGCCGGCCUGCAGGAGGCAGAAUAGUCCGGAACAGAGACGACAGCUAAACGAAGAGAGACUACGGAUUUACCCCUGGAUGAGAAACUCAGGUGCCGAGAAGCGGCGCGGCCGGCAGACGUACACGCGCCACCAGACUCUGGAGCUGGAGAAGGAGUUCCACUUCAACCGCUACCUCACGCGGCGGAGGAGGAUAGAGGUCGCGCACCUGCUCUGUCUCACGGAGAGGCAGAUCAAGAUCUGGUUCCAGAACCGGAGGAUGAAAUGGAAGAAGGAGAACAGGAUGACGGGAAGUGACUUCCCAACAACGGCCUUACCUACUGCAGAAGAAGAAGAGGAGGAUGAUGAUGAUGAGUGAUAAUGACUGUAACACAUACUUUAAGAUGAGAAACUGUAAAGCUGCAUUAAAGGUUUUUUAGCUCUUAGGUCUGGCAUUACAUUGUCAUUAGUGAUGUAAAAGUGUCCAUUGCCCUUCAGUCAGGUUAUCAUCCUCCAGCCAACAACUGCCAGUAUGAGCACAAUGACGUUUCAAACGACAAGCAUUACAUAUUUUACUUACUCAGCCUAUAUCAGUUUAUCUUUUUGCCUUUAUUGUUAAAUAUAUUCACAGUAUUUCAGAUCUAUAAUCCUUGACGUAAGUGCGCCUCACUCAUCUGAUCUGCAACAAAGAGACACAAUAGUUGUUGAUGUGAUGACUGAGACAGCAGCACUCAUGAGUCUGUACAUACAAUGCUUGCUGGCGGUGUUAAUAUCGCUGGAUAUAAGGCUGGAAUCGUUGGAUUAUUAGCAUAGUGUCACGUGUUCUGAGUCCAAAUUCCUCCAGCAGGACUCCACAGCGCUCUACCAACCAAACUCUGACAAUUAAAAAAAAAAAAGCAUAUCACACAAUUCCUUUAACUGUUCAAUUGUAAUACUGUCUGUGAAUUAUAUUUACCUAUACAUUGUGGUCCUAAUGUUGUUAUCAGCCUUUAUCUACAGGUAUAUAAUUCUGGUGGCUUUUGCCUAAAAGCUGUUCAUUUUGAAGAUAUUUAGCAUAAUCAGCAUUACACAAACAACAGAAUCAGCCUUAAAAAGUCAACAUGUGUAGCCAGUAUCACACUGUGACCUCUCUGUUCUCUAUGGCUACAGCUCUGACUGUCACAUACAGGAUCAACAUUUUAAGAAUGCAGGGAUAGCUAAACCUAAUGUAUUUGGUGGUGUCAGCGCUAUUAACAAGAUGACGUUUAAUGUAAUAAUUCAGUUUCAAAUAACAAUCUGUCCACAUUCAAUUGGAAUAGAAGGGAUGUCUUUAAAAAUAGUUGACCAAUGAGUUCCUGCACAUUGUGUGUUUCUGUUGUGUUCAUACAUGGCACUUAUGGAGUUUAGCAUUUCCUGAAUGAAUUAUAUGCUUUUCAAAUAAUUAUGGGCUGUUUUUUGUCAUUAUUUCCUGUAUUUGCAGCUGUGUUUUCAUGUUGCUUAAUGCAUGUCCAGACUAAAAUGCA